AUGGCUUUGCAAGCCUUACGGCCCUCCGCCGCACGAUUCUUUUCGCGCCCAGCCCUGUCCGCUUCGAUCUCGCCGGUCUCGUUCGCCGUGGAGAGAUGGACUCGUCAUCUGCAAAAUAGUGUUCAUAUUGCUGGUGCUACAUUAUUGACCGGAGCUUCAACGUGGAGCAUUCCCUCGUUACUAUCUGACAUCUGGGACUCCGUUCUCCGCGCCGUGCCGAAGAAGAAGACCUCGCACAUGAAGAAGCGCCACAGGCAGAUGGCAGGGAAAGCUUUGAAGGAUGUCAAAGCUCUCAACAGAUGCCCCGGGUGCGGCCAGAUCAAAAGGGCACACGUACUGUGCGCCCACUGUGUCAAAGGAUUAGAGGCCAAUUGUACUUUUAUGGGUUGUGAAAAAUAUGCUGCAUGUACUUGGCGUCGGGUUGUCAUUGAGGAUUUUGUACUCUUUUCUAUCUCUAAAUACAAAUAUGUCGUGCAACAUGAGAGCCAGGUUGGGCUAGUCGAUUCUCAUCCUAUCGACAUUUUCUCCCUGGCUGUGACGUCGAAUCAAAUCUUAUCUGCUUCUGGAGCCUCUUCAUUAAAGGUUCAUUCAACCACGGAUGCGGAUUUUCCCUUAGCACAAUCUCUUGAUGGCGCACAUAAAAUUGGAUGCCAUCACGUGGUGACAUCUGGCAAUGGACUGAGAGCAGCCAGUGUUGGCUUCGGGGGAGAGAUACGGAUCUGGUCCUGUCAAGAUGGGACUUGGGUUGAAGAUGGAGAUAUUUCAGCAGGUGUUGGGAAAUCAGAAGUCUGGGCAAUUGCCUUGUCAGAAGACGGGCAGACUCUUGCUGGAACUACUCAUGAUGGCCACAUCAAAGUUUGGGACUUGAGCGCCAACGGCGAGGAAAUUCGAGAUUUUGAGACCAAGGGCAGUUUCGGUACCUGCAUUGACAUGUCUGCCGAUGGCCAAUACAUAGCGAGCGGUCAUGAGAAUGGGAGCAUAUACAUAUUCAGCAACGAGACGGGUCGAAUGCCGUUCUCUCUGUCGGGCCUGGUAAAGCCAGUCCGUGCCAUAGCGUUUUCUCCCGGGGGGAAACUUCUGGCCGCAGCGGGAGACUCGAGAGUGAUUGUAUUGUACGAUACUUCUUCGGGGGAGCAAGUUGCUCAUCUCUCUGGUCAUUCAGCGUGGAUAUUAUCCCUUGACUGGAGCCAUACUGGAGAGUAUCUCCUCAGUGGGUCCUUUGAUGGAAAGGUGAAAGUAUGGUCUGUUGAACGGAGAGCUUGUGUUGCUACUCACUCAGAAACGGAUAAAGCUGUCUGGAGCGUCAAAUGGUUGCCAAAGGUCGGGAAAACAGAAGGAUUUGCUACCGCCGGAGCGAACCGCAGCAUAUCAUUCUACCGAGAGGCUACUGGCGGAUAA